GGGUCUGCUGGGCGGGAUCGAGGAGGUCCCGGGGGAGGAUGGAGCAGUGAACGGGUCUGGGCGGCUGCCGGCAGCGCCAUGGAGACGGUGCAGCUUAGGAACCCGCCGCGCCGGCAGCUGAAAAAGUUGGAUGAAGAUAGUUUAACUAAACAACCAGAAGAAGUGUUUGAUGUCUUGGAGAAGCUUGGAGAAGGGUCCUAUGGCAGUGUGUACAAAGCUAUCCAUAAAGAGACCGGUCAAAUUGUUGCUAUUAAGCAAGUUCCUGUGGAAUCAGACCUGCAGGAGAUAAUCAAAGAAAUCUCUAUCAUGCAGCAAUGUGACAGCCCUCAUGUAGUCAAAUAUUAUGGCAGUUACUUUAAGAACACAGACUUGUGGAUUGUGAUGGAGUACUGUGGGGCUGGUUCUGUGUCUGAUAUCAUUCGAUUACGAAAUAAAACGUUAACAGAAGAUGAAAUAGCUACAAUAUUACAGUCAACACUUAAGGGACUGGAAUAUCUUCAUUUUAUGAGAAAAAUACACCGAGAUAUCAAAGCCGGAAAUAUUUUGCUCAAUACAGAAGGUCAUGCAAAACUUGCAGAUUUUGGGGUAGCAGGUCAACUUACAGAUACCAUGGCCAAGCGAAAUACAGUGAUAGGAACACCUUUUUGGAUGGCUCCAGAAGUGAUCCAGGAAAUUGGAUACAACUGUGUAGCAGACAUCUGGUCAUUGGGAAUAACAGCCAUAGAAAUGGCUGAAGGAAAGCCUCCAUAUGCUGAUAUCCAUCCAAUGAGGGCCAUCUUCAUGAUUCCUACCAACCCACCCCCCACAUUCCGAAAGCCGGAACUGUGGUCGGAUAGCUUCAUGGAUUUUGUGAAGCAGUGUCUGGUCAAGAGCCCUGAGCAGAGAGCCACAGCCACUCAACUCCUCCAGCACCCGUUUGUCAAGAGUGCCAAAGGAGUGUCCAUACUGCGGGACUUGAUCAACGAAGCCAUGGAUGUGAAGCUGAAACGCCAGGAAGCCCAGCAGCGGGAGGUGGACCAGGAUGAGGAUGAAAACUCGGAGGAGGAUGAGCUAGAUUCUGGCACGAUGGUCCGAGCGGCAGGGGAUGAGAUGGGCACCGUCCGCGUAGCCAGCAGCAUGAGUGACGGGGCCAAUACGAUGAUCGAGCACGAUGACACCUUGCCAUCCCAGCUGGGCACCAUGGUGAUCAACACGGAGGACGAGGAGGAGGAAGGCACGAUGAAAAGAAGGGAUGAGACCAUGCAGCCUGCCAGACCGUCGUUCCUUGAAUACUUUGAACAAAAAGAAAAGGAAAAUCAGAUCAACAGCUUCGGCAAGAGUGUCCCUGGCCCACUGCAGAACUCUUCAGACUGGAAAGUUCCCCAGGAUGGAGACUAUGAAUUCCUGAAGAGUUGGACGGUGGAAGACCUUCAGAAGAGGCUCCUGGCCCUGGACCCCAUGAUGGAGCAGGAGAUUGAGGAGAUCCGGCAGAAGUACCAGUCAAAGCGGCAGCCCAUCCUGGAUGCCAUUGAGGCUAAGAAGCGGCGGCAGCAGAACUUCUGAGGGUGGCCCGGCCCCAGGCCGCCAGUGAACUCCCGCUCGCCUCCCUCAUCUCUCCAGAGCCCCCUCUGUGAACUCAGGAAGCAAGAAAGUGCGCCAGCGGCCAGGGCUGCGAAGCCAGUCGGCACACCGCCCCGCCGUGUGUAUUUGAACUGGACAGGUAUAUAUCAUUUCCCAGGACUCAUGUGGGCGCUUUGAACCUCAGACUUUCCCACCCCAGAACCAGAGACUCCUCGUCGAGUGAGCGCUGGGAAAGUGUCACGCGGUCUCUUUGUUUUUCUUCUCCCAGUAGCUUUCAGUGGUUCUUUCUGGAAGACUUUUUUAAAAAAAUAUAUAAAUAUGCACAUAUAUAUAUAAAUUAUAACUAGAUUCCCCACGUGGUGUGGUGGCAUCUCUGUACAGGUACAGUUUUAAAACAGUUGCCUCUUUUCUGUAAGAUGACGGUACUGUGGAACAUGAGGGCAGAGGACACUGGGAGGCUGCGGGGGGCCCUCCACCCCCUGGAGCCGGCCUCACCCUCUAGCUGGGCUGUGCUGACAGAUGAGAUCGGGCUCAGUUCCUUCGCCACGCUUUCAGCCUUACGCGGGCCACCCCUGGCUUCCAGAGCUAUUGGUGGUGUCCUGGGAAAGACAAUUUGCAUUGGGUUUCUGAGUCCCAGGAGAAGCCUGGCGUCCUCCUUGCAAGCUUGGCCUUUGCAGUUUCAACACCCUUCAUCCACCUCUGCUCUCCCAACUGCCUAGAGUCACAGCACAGACACUGCCCAGUGCCUUAAGAGGAGACGUGAUCCAAGCGAGGGCACAGGCCUACCCAGAACUCCCGGCAAAGUGGGGCUGCAUUCAGUCCACGAAAGGGGAAAAGGCUUUCCAAGUUCUCGUCAUUCACGUGAAGAUGACACCCGUGGCAUUUUGCUCCAUGUUCCUUACAGACAGGGGAAGGGGCAUUGCUUUUGUGACCCACAUUCAAACAUGUGACUGUUUCCUUUUUUCAUUUUACUGCUUGGGGUCUGGAAAGGGUAAAUGAAUAUCAGACUUAAGAUUUGUCCUCCAGGAGACUCAACCCAGAUGUGUAGGAUGCCGAAGCUGGAAGGGACCAUAUAGACAUCAUCUGGGCUGAUGGUGGCCCAGAGCAGGGAAGUGACAUGGCCCAAAUCACAAAGCAAAUGAAAGGAAGUGCUGGGACUGGAUGGUGGGGCCCCUCACUCCUGCUUCACUGGGCCAAGCAGCCCCUUCUCUGAAGGAAGGCGCUCGUGUGCAUUUUGGUAAAGUUCCAGGGAACCCUGCUAAUGGGAACUUGCCCGGCUUUUCUCUUCAGUAGGCAACUGGCUGUGAAGAGAGUCCCCUGGGGAGCCAAGAUCAUUCCAUUUCAGCCAUCCCACAAGCUCUGCGGCAUCUGCCGGGUAGCACACGAGCAUCACACAGGCAGACGCAGAGCCUAAAGCAGGUCAGAGGGUUUUGCAACAGACAGCGUCGAGCCAUCCCUCUGCGGCUUUGGCUCUAGGCCACGUGUCACUUAGUCACAUGGCUGAGAGCAGACAGUUGGGAAAGGCAACUGCCUUUUUAUUUUUUAGAAUCUCUUCCCCUCAGAUAGGGAGCCGUGACUGGGUUGCACCUAAGGUUACUGUAAUUUGACCCCAUAAUUGCUCUUGCUGCCCAAACCUGGGAAUCAGUGGCAAGUCAGGGAUGUUCCUUUUUGGCCAGAUUCUGUUCUUUGCAAUGACAGCAAGCUAUUGAAAAUGCAAGAGGCCAUUGUUGGUCUGCAGGGCUUGGCCAGUUACACAGCUGCUUGGCAGAUACAGAGAACAGAGGACAAUUUGAGAAUCCUGCUAUAAUAAUAAAGGGCAGCUAGCAAUCAUGACCCCUUACUAUAUGCCAGGCACUGAGCUAGGUAGGUAGGCUCUCUAUGUCAGCUCCAACCUUCCCAGUAACUCUGUGAAUUAAGUAUUUCAUCUUCAUUUCACAGCAGAUGAAGCAAGUUCAGAGAGGAAAAAAGUUCUUUCCCUAGGUCAUACAGCUAGUAAGUGGUAAAGUCAGGAUUCACAGCACCACUAUGUGGGACCAGUAUUUACAGGGAAAAGGAAAGCCACAAGUCGUCUUUUUAAAAUUUUAUUUUAUUCACAUAUAGUUGAUUUACAGUGUUUUGUUAGCUUCUGCUGUAUAGUAAAGUGACUCAGUUAUACAUCCUUUUUCGUAUUCUUUCCUAUUAUAUUUUGUCACAAUAUUGAAUAUAGUUCCCUGUGCUAUACAGUGAGACCUUGUUGUUUAUCCAACAAGCCUUCUUAAAAAUGAAGUGACCACUUUUCUUGCACAGACUAAAAAAUCCUAGCUGGCAUUCUUAGGUUGGGAAACCACUGAAUCAGUCAAGUCUGACAGUCAAGUGAGUUAAAAAAGUGUGAAACAUGAAUUUCCCUAUCUCUAUCUGCUGUGCUGAUUAACCGUCCUGCCCCAGUUUCCCUCCCUCCCUCUCUUUUUUUUUUUAAAAGGAUUUUGCACUUGGCCAGACAGGAGGGGAAUGCCCAUUUUCUCCCUUCCUAAGCUAGAUCCAAGUAAAAGAAGGUUCAGUUUUUCCCCAUAAAUAUUCUUGGGUGAUGAGUCUUGAUCUGAAGUUUAUUUUGUUUCAGCUCCUUGUGUGUAUCCAACAUGCUGGUCCAACAAAGUACAUUGCUCUCCAGUUGAGCUAGACAAAGCCCUUUGGCCAGAAGUCAAUUUAUUUUGGAUGAGAUAGAUUUUCUGACAAGGUGUGUUUGUUUUCUUAUGCCAGGAAGGCAGAGAAGUCAAUCCUAGUCAUUUUUCUCCUUGGAUACUAAAUUCACGAUAGGUCAGCUGGCUUCCUGUAGAGCCCUGAGCUUCAAUCAUUUGUGAUUCCAGCUUCCAUGGGACACUGGGCCUCUCACUUGUUCUCCCCUAAUAAACAAUGACCCAGACCUAACUGUGUCUUUUAAAAAUCUCAGAUCCUCCAGGAAUAUCUUUAUUGCUUCCUCAUCAGUAAUUUUGCAGCAAGUUUCUAUUUUUUAUUUUUCCUUGUCUCUUCUCCCAGCCACCAGCUGAUUGAUAGACAGAUGGACCGGUGGAUAAAUGUUUAGUGUGAUGGAUAAAUAGAUAGAUAUAGACAGACAGAACCAGUACUCUGAAGCAACUUAAGAACUAUGGCCUUGAUUCCUUGAGGCUGUAGGUUCUGAUCCAAGAAACAUUUAUUUAGCACCUACUGCCAGAAAUUUAUUAUACCAUUUCAAACUCAAUAGCACUUACUGGUAUCAGGAAUGAGAGGUGACAUCAGUAUAGACCCUACAGAUAUUAAAAGGCUAAUAACAACUUAAAUAAAACAGACAAGUUCCCUGAAAGAUACAAAGUACCAAAUCUCACUCACGAAGAAGGAGAUAAUCUGAACAGCCCAACAUCUACUAAAACUUAAUAUCUCUGAGAGAUACAGGUAUCUUUGUCCUCAUUUUACGGGAAAGGAAACUGAGGCUCUGAGAGGUAAAGUCUGUUGCUCAAAGUCAGGUAACUAGAAUACAGCAGAGCCAGAGUUCAUAUCCAGGUCUUUUCUUCCAGUGCCCUUUCUAGCAUACCAUGUUGCCUCUAAAGACUGUAGCUCCUUUUUUUUUACCUGAAAAUUGUUCCUGCCCAGUGCACAUCCUAUCACCCCAUCCUUUCUUAAGCACUGUGUCUGUGUUUUCAUCAGGAUUUCAUCAGGAUUAUAGUCGUUGUAUUUGGAAUUGAUGUACUUUUUUUGUGUUUGGGAGGGGGGAGAAAAUCUCUUCCACCAGCUUGCACUCGGACCAACUUGGGGAAAAAAAAAAAAGCUUAAAUGCUGUUGCAGACGUACAACUUAAAAAUGUGAAGUUUGUAGCUUUAACUUUUUGUAACAAAAACUAAUAACACUGGCUUAAGUGCUGACUUGAAAUGCUAUUUUAUAAAGUUUGGAUGUAAAUAAUCAAUUGAGGUCAGCAGUUUGUAUAUGUAUGAGACAUAGCUUCCUCCACUGCCCUUUUUUUAAAAAAAAAAUUGAGAUGCUUCCUAUGUGCUUUUAUGUUAGAAUUGUUCUCCCUCCUUCCUCCACUUUGUCACCUUUGUUUUAAAUAAACUGUUCUUUGGACCAGA